AUGCGUGCGCAGGAUCUCGUAUCGUGGCCGGCGCAGAUGUGCUGUGCGUCCUUCCCGGCGACGGUCUGCGACAAGGAUCUCACGCCCCAAACACCCUGCUUGCACGACGAGGACUUCGAGCACAACAAGACGACGUGGGCCUGGUGCGACACUUAUCAGGCGGCUCCCUCCGUUGACGAGUGCAACUCCAACGGCUGCUCGGGCGACGAGUGGCACUGCCACUGCGAAACCAAAGAGGGCUGCCUUGCAGUAGGUGGUCGUUGGGAUGAGUACCAGUGCUGGCGAGAUCUGCAGCACAUGUCUUCGGAAGUGCACAAGGCCAUUUCGAUGGCCAAGAGCCAGCACUCCUGUGACGACAUCGAAGUUUGGCACAGCCCGCUCGAGUACUCGGUGGACUGGAUGGGUUCCAGUUGCUGCUCCUCCGGGAAAUCGCUUUGCCAGGAGCUCGGAGGUGGCGGUGGCCACAGUCACCACCAUCAUCACUCGGCUGCUGGUCGAUGA